UGGGCCUUUCACUGCGUCACAAGCAUUCAAAUCGCCGCCGUUGCCCAAGCACCUCGCAUUCGCUGCGCAGCGCCCAAAACACCCAGGCCUCCGCUUCUCACCCAUUGUUAUCGGCACACACUGCUAGUCUCCUGACCAUGUCCCGAACAGGUAUACCAAUGAUCAACAUCGCUAAAGUGAGCGAUUGGCUCACGCAGAAUGCCAAUGAGAACAUAUAUCCGCGGCUGUUCUUGAUGUCCCCAAAUGGCACUUUACUAGCUUACUCCAAGCCGGUACAAACCAAGGAACUCCGCGACCAGGCUGCUCUCAUUUCCAUGGCAUGGAAGGACAACUGCGCUGGGCGGCAAAAGCUUUCGGCGCGAAAUGGCACCCCUGAUUCAUCGCUGAAACCCGCUCUUAAGACGCUUACCAUCGAGACCCAAGACUGCAACAUCAUAGUGCGUCUGCUGCAACCCGAGCUCCUAUUGGUUCUUAUUGGCAGGAUCCCCCCAAGCAAGAAGCAGGUAUUCAGAAUCUCACCAGAGGGGCUAGGGGACCCAAGAUAUCCAGAUGUCGACGUUGCUUCUCCGGGCUCAAGUAUCCCGUCACAUGUCCAGGGCGACGCCUCAGCCGACAGCCUAGCGCCCGGCAAUGGAGGACCAACUCCGAAGCACAAGGCGCCCUCCCUGUUUAGCAAUAUGAGUCAGCGCGAAAAAGAUAUCAGGGGAGGCGCGCUUCAUGUGCAACGAAAGAAACUAGACGCCUUGGCCGAAUAUGUGCUCAAAGAUUUUGAAGACACUGCCUUCGUCAUGCCCGCAGACGCCGACUUGCAGUAGUACCAGGGGCAUUGUCCUGCGUCCAAUAUUCGUUCAGUCUGCUGUUUGGGUCUGCGGGGCUUUAAUAUCUUUGACUUUGCUGGAUGCAUUUACUCGAGUGCUCAAGUUGUCCAUGAUAGGGGCGAUUGCAUAGUCUCCCGGACCCAGGCAGCGUGGUUUUUCAAUCACUUCAACAUGAUGGAGCGUUGGGCGGGAAAACAUGAUCCAUCACCAACAUCCCAACGCUCAAGUAACGGAAGGCCUCCCGCAUGCUCACAUGACGCGCAACAUUCUGACAUCCGCCAUAGAAGGCUUCUUUACCACAUUCAACGCAAUUUUCUCGCCAUAGUAGGCCGAUGACGGAAGUUCCUCAAGCUAUGAUUGAGGCACCAAUAUAAUACACUUCAUACCGACUCUAUUAUCUCUUUUCCCAGGGCGUCCGAAUCAGCUCAGGCCCAGUCGACUACGAAUACCACUUCUUUCCCAUUCAAGGCCUUAGUAAUAUCA